GGAUUUUUGAGCAAUUUAUGUGUUAAAAUUCAUUCUUCGAGUAUAUUUUCGAUUAAUAAUUGUACAAUGUAAACGUUUUCACGUCCAGGUAUUCAUAAUUUGGUACUGCGUUGGAUAAGACAUCGUGCCAAGUGUUAGAAGCAUUUGAUGAACCCGAGUGGUUUUCCAGUAUGAUUAACGAAAAAACAAAGGAACAGCUCGUAGAGAUCCUGCUGAAAUUGCAUACUCCUAGCUUGAAAGAGCGAAAGAAAUUAUGUCAAGAACUCAUAACGGUUAUCAAAGCUAAAGAACUAACCGAACCUGCAGUUCUUGCUAUAUGCAAAGAAUUGGAUAAAGUUUUGGUCUCGUAUCAUAAUCGUAAAACACUAGUUUUCAAUACCGAUGUCGUCGAGGCGAUAAUCAAAACGUAUCCGGCAUGGACUAUUCAAUAUUUCGUUAAAACUACCGCUGAAUUUGCGGCCUCGCAGAAGAAGUGUGUGGCUACGUACAAUACGGUGCAAAGCGAUAUUUGUUCUUUGCAAUGGACGAGAUUUCUGCUAUCGCGACAUUGCUUGAAAGAAUUAAAAGAGCUGUUUUUACUGAACAAUGUGAUAACUACUCAAACUCAGUUACUUUAUUUGAUCACUUCGGUGUCGUCUUCGAAGCUCAGUUCAAAAGGUCACAAUAUAUUACAUACGAUUUGGCUGGAAAACGAGAGUUUAAUCGAAGCAUAUGCUGACUAUUUGACUAAAAUGGAACCUUCUGCUGAUGUGGCGAUUAUGUCGUCCGCCUUAUUGAGUUAUUGUUCGAAAAACACCGCUCUUAUUUCAAAAUAUAAGACUGGAUUUCUGGAGCUGUUCAUCAAAGUAGCCAUAAGCUGCAAAACGAGACCGGAUAUGUUUAUAAUUAACGAAUGCAAAACACUUCUGCACCUGGUUGGAGACGAUGAAUUCGAAAAAAUCCUUCUGCCUGCGAUCAUGAAAGCUAUGCUGCGUAAUCCUGAAAUAAUUCUACAAUGCGUUGGUCAAGUUAUAUCGUAUUUGUCUAUAGAUUUGAGCAAACAUGCCAUGAGUAUUGGCAAAAGUUUGAGUGCCAGUCUGUAUUCGAAAGAUGAUAAUUCUCGCGACGAAGCUACCAAUGGAAUUUUAAAACUGGCUAACAAGUGCUCCGAUAUUAAUGGCUUGCUACCUUUGAUUAAUCACAUUUUCAACGUGUUUCACGGAUCUGAAGGCAAAUUGUCUUUGGCUUCUCAAAAAAUUAGUGUAUUACAGGGUAUUGGAAAUCUGAGCUAUAAUAACGUUCCCAGCACCGAUUUGCAGACCAUUAGCGAGACAAUAGUUAGUAAUUUUAUCAAAAUUUUGGAAAUCGAAGUCCACGAAAAAACCCUGAUUCAUGCGCUGGAUAUGUUGAAUUUAUGGUGUUCCAAGUUCACCUGGGCUCUCGUACCUUUAUCUCUCAUCUCGUGCUUCAAGAAAAAACUAACAGCCAAAAACAGCUCACCAUUGGUCAACGCCGCAUUCAUAGAAUGUAUGAACGUCUGCUUCUCCGGCGAUAGACUACAACAGGGCGUCGACGUAGCCGACAUUCUCAUGAAAAGUUUCGAAAAAGCAGUCUCUCAGCCGACUCAGGUGAACUCGCUCAUCGAAGGAUUAGCCGCUGUUUGUUGUUUAUUGAAAUUAUCUCAUUUACCUAUACUCGAAGAAAAGGUAAAGCUGGCAUCAUUUUGGAACGCGGUACUCGAUACAAACAAGGCUAUAUUUGUUUCCGAUAAACUAUUAACUCAAGCACCCACCGAAGUUCUACGAAAUGUGUUAUUUUACUGCGAGUUUCUAAUAUUCCAACGAAGAGAUAAGUUAAUCGAGUCGACAGCGAUUCCUCUCUAUAAAGCUGUCAUACACUGUACAUUGGCUCGUAAUUUAGAAGCGAGGAAUUUAGCCAAAAAAUUCAUCCUUAAGUUGGGCGAGUCGCAGAAAAUAGACGUAAUUUUGGAAUUACUGGCGGAAUUCGCCGAACAUAUAAAUUCGGUUAAUUUUAAGGCUGUAGAUGAAACUAUUAUGAACGGAGAUGAUGGUCCGAUGGUCAGUGAGAACGUCGAUAUAAUGAAAAAAAUAUUGACCGAAGCUAUGGUAUUAAUUUGCUCCGGUAGUCCUGUAGAUUCGGCCAAUGAUCGUUGUAAUGUUGCUUUACGAUCCUUGAUACCUGCUCAUCAUCCGAAUUUAAAUUACUCUUCGUUGUGGAUAACGAUUUUAACGCGUUUGAAUAUAAAAUCCGGUGAAUUUAUUCGUAACAACGAGAAGAAAAUUAUCAAGUUGUUGGUGGACGAGUUCGAUGGCUCUGUGGCUGCUGAAAAUGCUAUCGCUACCAUCACGGAAUCGGCGCCGGAGUCGAUUUUACCUGCUUUGAUUAAACGCUGUAGUCAGUUUUUGGAAUCCAACGAUCUGAUUUCGAUUACAGAAGAGCAGUAUAGAAUUUAUCUGACUCCGGAAGGCGAAUUGUUUAAUAAAUCUGUCAUUACCGAGACUGAAGCACCUGAAGAAAUUACUGUCAAGAAUAUGAAACGUGAAAGCAAAGCUUACUCGUUCAAAGAACAACAAGAAGAGAUGCAAUUAAGAAAGGAAUUGGAAGAGAAGAAGAAAAAAGCUGGAAAAAUUAAACCGCUCGAAUAUAGCGAAAAACAAAAAGAAACCAUUAGAUUAGAAUUAGAGAAGGAGUCCGCAAUUAGGAAUAAACUGAAAAAUGUAAAUAAACAAUUAUGCGUGGUUGUCUCGUUGAUUCGAGGAUCAGGAGCCGGUAACGGAGCUUAUUUAUCGCUGCGGUUUAGAUAUUUGUUACCUUUGAUUUUAAGAAACAUGAAGUCUCCUCUGGCGGCCAAACCGUUGUGCAAAUUAUUUAUCGAAUUAAGAAAAUGCGUGUUUCCUGUUACGAAGGAUUUAUUAGGUCUUUUCAUCGCGUAUCUGACGUUACGAUAUGUUCAACCGAACUGCGAUAUUGAUAAAGCUUGGACCGAAGAAGAUUUACAUAAUGCUUCUCAAAGAGCUCUCGAGUUAUUAAUAUUCGAAGAGAAUUUCAGCGGUCCGACGUUCGCGUAUUUUUUCUGGUUCAUUAGGAAUUUAAUUUUGUCUUCCGAAGCUGAUUUCAAUAUAGUGAUGGACGCAUUGAAGAUUAUCAGUAAACAUUCGGAGAUGAGGGGCAAGAAAUCGAAGAAGUUGAACUUGAACGCUCCCAAAUUGCUGCCCAGGACGCAGAUUUUUGAUUCGUUGAUCGAAGUUAUUGGCCAAGUCGGUGGACUUUUGCAGCAAACUGCUACGAAGACGUUGAUUCAAGUGGCGUAUUGUUGUUCGACUGACGAUGGCUGUGAUCCUGCUAGCUCCGAAGAAUUGAAUAGUUUAUUGAUUGGCUUGCAGAAUUAUCGUCCGGUGGUCAGAGACUCUUGUAUGAAAGCGUUAGAAGUGAUGAUUUCAGCUUUUCCAACGUCGAAGAAAGAUUACCAAUUAUGUUUAAAAGUCACUAAACGCGUUUGGGUGGCUAAAUACGACGUGUGUGCUGAUAAUAGAGAAUUGGCCGAAAACGUUUGGAAUAAAGCGAACCUCGAUUAUCAAAUGAAUGGGUUACCAGAGUCGUUGAUGGAAGACGUUAUCAAUCCUUGUUUAGAUAUUCAAGAAGCUGCUGCUAAAGCUUUGGCCAGUUUAUUGACCCAGCUCGAUAAUAAUUUAUCCAACACGAUUGUUAAAAAAUUAAUGAAUAUUUAUCACGAUAAAUUAACGUUAUCUAAACCAGUUGUCGAUGAAUUCGGUCACGUUAUCGAGGAAGGACGAGAUUUAUGGCAGGCUCGUUGCGGCGUUGCUUUGGCUCUGGAACAGUUGGCUUCUUUGGUGUCUGACGAAAUGGUCACUACGUUGAUUAAUUUCUACGUCUCUCCUGGUUUGAAGGAUCGUCACGAGGAAGUGCAGAGGAGCAUGUUGUCAGCCGGUGUUACUUUAGUUAGUUUACGAGGAAAGGAACAAGUUAGUAAACUUUUACCCAUAUUUGAAAAGUUUUUGAAAAAGACUCCAGCUUCGGGAGAUUUCGAUGCUGCUCGUUCCGGUGUCAUCGUAUUAAUGGGUACAUUAGCUCGACAUUUAGACAGCGAUGAUCCUAAACUGAAACCAAUCGUUAAUAAAUUGAUCGAAGCUCUGUCUACACCUUCUCAACAAGUACAAGAAUCUGUGGCAGAAAGUUUCCACCCAUUGAUCGUUAAAAUCAAAGAUGAAGCUCCGGCCAUAUUAAAGAAAUUAAUGAACAGGUUGCUAAACGGUGCCACUUACGGUGACCGAAAAGGAGCCGCUUAUGGGAUCGCUGCAGUGGUCAAAGGUAUCGGUAUCCUGUCUUUGAAACAAUACGAUAUUAUGAGCACGUUAACGGACGCUAUUCAAGAUAAAAAGAAUUACAAACAUCGCGAAGGUGCAUUGUUUGUCUUGGAACAGUUGUGUCGUUCUAUUGGUCGUCUUUUCGAACCUUAUAUUAUCCAUAUUCUGCCCCAUCUGUUGUUGUGUUUCGGCGAUAACAGCGAGUACGUGAGAACAGCUGCCGACGAUUGUGCCAAAGUAGUAAUGAGCAAAUUAUCCGGUCACGGUGUUAAAUUAGUGCUUCCAGCGUUGCUCAAAGCUCUGGAAGAUGAUUCGUGGAGAACCAAGACAGGUUCUGUCGAAUUACUCGGAGCUAUGGCAUUUUGCGCUCCUAAACAGUUAUCUUCGUGCCUUCCCAGUAUUGUACCUAAGCUUAUAGAAGUGCUCAGUGAUUCGCAUAUAAAAGUACAAGAAGCGGGCGCUCAGGCCUUGAGGGUGAUCGGAUCUGUGAUCAGGAAUCCGGAAAUUCAAGCUAUCGUCAGUAUUCUGCUGGACGCUUUGCAAGAUCCACCGAACAAGAUCGCUAUUUGUUUAUCGACCUUAUUGAAUACGAAAUUUAUCCAUUUCAUCGAUGCUCCUUCGUUGGCGCUGAUUAUGCCAGUGGUUCAGAGAGCUUUUAUGGAUAGAUCGACUGAAACUAGAAAAAUGGCCGCUCAGAUUAUCGGUAAUAUGUACUCGUUGACCGAUGAGAAAGAUCUAACGCCGUAUUUACCAACGAUUAUGCCCGGAUUGAAGAAUUCUUUACUAGAUCCUGUUCCAGAGGUUCGUAGUGUCUCUGCUCGAGCUCUCGGAGCUAUGGUCAGGGGUAUGGGUGAAUCUAGUUUUGAAGAUUUGCUUCCUUGGCUAAUGAAGACGUUGACUUCGGAGGCAAGCUCCGUUGACAGAUCUGGAGCUGCUCAAGGUCUUAGUGAAGUUGUCGGUGGAUUGGGUCUGGAUAAAUUGCACAAACUUAUGCCUGAAAUUAUCGCCACUGCUGAUAGAUCGGAUAUUGCUCCUCAUGUGAAGGACGGAUACUUGAUGAUGUUCAUUUACAUGCCGGCUGUUUUCGGCGCACAAUUCACUCCUUACAUUGGCCAGAUUAUUGUGCCUAUUUUGAAGGCAUUGGCUGAUGAAAACGAGUAUGUUAGAGAGACAGCAUUGAAAGCUGGUCAAAGAAUAGUGAAUAUGUACGCCGAGUCUGCCAUUCAGCUUCUAUUACCCGAACUGGAGAAAGGAUUAUUUGAUGAUAAUUGGAGAAUUAGAUUCAGUUCGGUUCAGUUGCUGGGUGAUCUGCUGUACCGUAUUUCCGGUGUGACUGGAAAGAUGAGCACAGAAACGGCCAACGAAGACGAUAAUUUCGGAACUGAGCACUCUCACAAGAUCAUCAUCACAGCUCUGGGAGAAGAACGACGUAACAGAGUAUUGGCUGGAUUAUACAUGGGACGUUCUGAUGUUUCAUUACCAGUUCGCCAGGCUGCUUUGCACGUAUGGAAGGUGGUCGUAACCAACACGCCGAGAACCCUUCGCGAAAUUCUAACCACACUGUUCGGACUCCUGCUCGGGUGCUUGGCUAGUCCCAAUUUCGACAAACGAUUGGUUGGAGCCAGAACAUUGGGAGAUCUGGUGAGAAAACUGGGAGAACGAGUAUUACCGGAAAUUAUUCCAUUGCUCGAGAAAGGUUUAGAAUCAGAUGAUCCUGAAGUCAGACAAGGAGUUUGUAUCGGUUUAUCCGAGAUUGUUACUUCCACCAGUAGAGAUAUGGUGUUUGCAUUUAUUAAUAAUUUGGUUCCCACGGUCAGAAAAACUCUCUGUGAUCCAUUACCCGAAGUUAGACGUGCAGCUGCCAAAACUUUCGAUAGUUUACACACCAGUGUUGGUGUCCGAGCUUUAGAUGACAUAUUACCUUUCAUGUUACAACAGCUGAAAAGCGAUGAUCCGGAAUUAUCGUCGAGAGCUUUAGACGGAUUACGACAAGUCAUGGCUACCAAACCAAGAGUUGUAUUACCUUACCUGAUACCUCAGCUAACCGCACCUCCUAUAAAUACCAAAGCUUUAGCUAUUCUCGCCUCCGUGGCCGGCGACGCGUUGACUAAAUACUUGCACAAAAUUUUACCAGCUUUGCUAAAAGUUGUAGCGUCACCGGAAGGAGAAUGCGAAAUGGAACAUUGCCAAGCGGUGGUUUUAGCUGUCGUCGAUGAGAGUGGUAUUCGAGUUAUUAUGGAUCAGCUUCAAGAGGCGACGAAAUCUGAAAAUCCUAAUACCAGAAAAGCGGCUAUUAAUUUAUUAUCGUCGUUCUGUAUGAAUACCAGAGGGGAUUAUUCGCAGUACGUUCCUCAGCUGCUGAGAAUUUUCAUUCAUUUGUUGACUGACAAGGAUCAAGAUGUUUUGCAGCUGAGUUGGGAAGCUUUGAACGCUGUUACGAAAUCUUUGAAUUCAGAUCAACAGACCUCGGUUGUAUCGGAUGUUCGUCAAGCGAUGCGUCACGCAGCUAACGAAAUCGAAGGCAAAGAGAAAAUCUUACCUGGAUUCUGUCUACGUAAAGGUAUCUCGCCUCUGAUCCCAAUCUUCAGAGAAGCCAUGUUAAACGGAGCUACAGAUGUUAAAGAACAAGGAGCCCUCGGGUUGGGCGAAGCCAUCAAGCUUUCUAGUAAAGAAUCCCUUCAAGUCAACGUGGUCGCUAUUACCGGUCCUUUGAUUCGAGCAGUAGGUGAAAGAUUCGUUGGUAAUGUCAAAGCUGCUGUUAUCGAAACGUUGGCUAUAUUGUUAGAUAAGGUGGGCUUAUCGUUGAAGCAGUUCUUGCCGCAGUUACAAACUACGUUUUUGAAAUCGUUGGUUGAUCCACAUAGACAAGUACGGUUGAAAGCAGCUUUCGCUCUGAGUCGACUCGUGCUAAUACAUGGUAAAGCUGAUCCUCUGUUUUUGGAGCUUCAUUCGGCCAUUAAGACGACGGAAGAUUCUAGUAUAAAGGAAACGAUUUUACACACGUUACGAGUGGUAAUCAUCCCAGCCGGCGAUAGAAUGUCUGAUCAAGUUAGAAGAUCUUUAUUCAUGAUGCUGAGGGAUAUGUUGGGCCACAACGAAGAUUUAAUUAGAUCAAUCGCCGCCGCCUGCUUGGCCUGUUUGAUGCGUUGGCUAUCGACGGAGCAACUCAACGUUAUUUUGACUGAACAUUUAUUAGUUGAUGAUCCUUCGAUAGACAUUAUUCUAAAAUACGGAAGAAGCACGUGUUUGUUCGUAGCAUUGAAAGAAAACGCUAAAUACGUUUAUACGGGAAAUUAUUGCGAGAAAAUCAAUAAAACUUUGAUCUCACAUUUACAAUCUAGUAAAAUCCCGAUUGUGUCGAGCGGAGUACGAGGUUGCGGAUACCUAUUUUUACAUUUGCUAGAAAAUGAUCAACCUAUUCCUAGUUCAGUAUUGGUUCCAUUUUCCAGAACAAUCAAUCACCAAAACAACGAUAUUAAACAGCUUUUAGCCAGAGUAUGUUCGUUCCUGGCACGAAAUGUACCGGAAAUGUCGAUCGACUUUUUAAAAGUCAUUGUGCCUAUGUUAGUUAACGGUACUAAAGAAAAGAACAGCUUCGUCAAAGCGAAUUGCGAAUUUUCACUAAUCGCUGUGCUGAAAUUACGAGAUGGAGAUUCCAUUCAUCAGGCUUGUAUGGGGGUGCUGGAUUCAGGAGCUAAAGAAUCAUUGAACGAUGUAGUCACCAAAGUGCUUAGGAGAUUGGCCAGUUUACAAUCCGAAGGAAAAGAAGAAGACUUAGACGAUACUUUGUUAUCUUGAGGAAUCAACUUUCCAAAUUGUUUAUCGUUAAUACUGCUGUUUUUGAAUUUUUUUCGAUUCUGUUUUUUUAUACGAAGUCAUUGUAAUUUAUUAUUACAUGUUGUAUAGGUAAUUUUACUAGUGUACGGAUAUUAUCUUUGUGUCGUUGUUGUAAUUUUCAUGAAUUCGUUUACUAGUUUCUAUAACGUCGUGCCGGCGUAAUAAAUUAUUUCGAUGAAA